GCCAAGGAUUCACACUUGCCAUGAAUAUACGGCACCUAUUAAGUUUAACUAAAUGUUUUCACCACUUUGAUUCUUUUACCUCUGUCCAUUAACAUAGCAAUAUUGUUUUGAGGACUAUGGUGACAUCAGCGGUGCUCUUCAUCAAAUAUUAAAUGUUAAAUCAGCCAGCUCAAGGAUGAUUUCACAUCAAGACCACAAUGUUAUUACUGACUGGUGCGGCACCAGCUAUACUUGGACAGUGAGAUGGCAAAAGAUAACAAUCUUGCGCUUGUCUGCCUACUGUUACCUGCUAACCCAAAAGGUGUAUCUUGAGGUCUUAUUUUCUGGACCAUGUGUCAUUUUACCUGAUAACCUUGCUUUGUACGAUGGUGCCACUGGAGAAAGUGAAGCGAUUAUGAGUCCAGCAGAAUGGUAAUGGACAUGAAAAACUUUGUCCGGUACACUUUUUCCCUCAUUUUUGAACUGUAUCUGAAUGCAAGAGCAACAUACAGUUUUCAUGUGAAUCUAUACAUCUUCUAAAGCCCAUUGUGGUGAAGUCUAUGUUUGUGUUUUGAUUGAAAGUGUUUGUUUUCUUGUGUCUGUGUUAGUGGCUGUGCAUGUUUGCUUGUUCUUGUCAUUUCCUGCUGGUGAUCAGAGUCAUGCCACGUGGAAGAGAUGUCAGCAACAGCUGUUGCCUCCCACUGCACCUGAAUGAAGACAAUGCCCGUUUUGGCUUGUUGGCGGCCCUCAUCCUCCUCUACCUGCUGUGUGGGGCGGUGGUGUUCUCCGCACUCGAGCAUCCCUCUGAGCUGCAGGCUCACAGAUGCUGGGACCAACAGCUGGCUAAUUUCACGGAGCAAAACAGCAUAAACCUGAAAUCCCUGCAUGUCCUCCUAAAGCAAUAUGAGGAGGCCUUUGCUGCUGGCAUCCGAGUGGACAAACUUAGGCCCCGCUGGGAUUUCUCAGGAGCCUUCUACUUUGUUGCUACAGUGGUCUCCACUAUUGGCUUUGGCAUGACCACUCCCGUCACCAUUGCAGGUAAGAUCUUUUUGAUAUUCUAUGGACUCAUUGGCUGCGCAGCAACAAUCCUCUUCUUCAACCUCUUCCUGGAGCGCAUCAUCACGAUGUUGGCCUACAUCAUGCGCUGGUGUCACGAGCGACAACUGCGCCGCUCUGGCAUGGGAGGAGAGGAGGCCAGGAGCGAGGACGACAGUCUGGAAGGUUGGAAACCAUCAGUCUACUACGUAAUGCUCAUUCUGGGCAUCGCCGCCCUGCUGAUUGCAUGCAGUGCUUCUGCGUUGUACUCUGCCAUGGAGGACUGGGACUACUUUGAGUCCUUGUACUUCUGCUUCGUGGCCUUCAGCACCAUUGGCUUCGGGGAUGUGGUGAGCAGCCAGCGGGAGUUCUAUAAAGCUCAGGAGGCCUACCGUUUAGGCAACUGCCUCUUCAUCCUCAUGGGUGUUUGUUGCAUUUAUUCCCUGUUCAAUGUCAUUUCCAUCAUUAUCAAGCAGACGCUCAACUGGAUCAUCGGCAAACUGGACUCCAGGAGGGCUCGGUGUCCCUGCAGUGGCCGUCCACACAGAAGAAGAGGUCGGGCCUGCUGUUGCUUUCCAUGCAUUUCCAACCAUCGGCACAACCACCAACCUCCACUGGGACAUUCCCGGCAGAGGGUUCAAAAGCGCAACGCUGUGCACCCUGCCCCGGCUAACGAAGCGGCAGGAAAGCGCUUCACUAAUGCAUCAGUGGAAACAGUUUGUAAUAGUGAGACUGAUGUUGGCUUAGGACCAGAUGGAGGUUAUCUAACAGGGCGCAGACUGUCUGGAGAAAUGAUCUCAGUCAACGACUUUAUGGCCAAUAAGGUUUCUCUGGCCAUUCUACAGAAGCAACUCUCAGAGACCGCUCACGGUAAUCCAAGACAGAGCCACGUUCGCCAGAACGGCUUCUCCGGUGGAGUGGGCGCCUUUGCUAUCAUGAAUAACCGCCUUCAGGAGACAAGUGUAGACAGGUAGCUCGGUCAUACAAAGAUGGCGUUGGAUAUUGCACAUUAAAGAUAACUUUCAGAACUGAAAUGAGAAUGGCUUUAAAAUCCCUGAAUCUGAAUUGCAUUUGAGUUGUGGUAACAAACAGGAUCCGGAAUUGUAAUUCAAAUUUGAAUCAAAAGAAAGUAGAAUUAAAAUGAAUUGAAAUUCAAAUAAGUGUAGCCUAUAUGACUAACCUUUAACUAAAAAAGCAUUUUGUUUAAAUUUGUUAAUGAGAUUAAAAUUCUGUCAUCAUUUACUCACGCUCAUGUCGUUCUAAACCCAUCAAACUUUCAUUCAUCUUCGAAACACAGAAGAAGAUAUUUUUAAUGAAUAAUAUUCUUGUGGCAAUAACAGCCUAAAUUAAACCUGUUCAUCAUAUAAAUCGACUGGAUUAAACCACUCAAUUCACAUGGAUGAUGUUUUAUGAAUUUAUGAAUAGUUUUGGUGACACUAACUUUUAAUGGAGGGACAGAAAUCUCGAAGCUUUCAAUAAAAAUAAAUAUAUUUGUAUUUCUAAGAUGAACAAAACUCUUAUGGGUUUGGAACAACAUGAAGUUGAGUAAAUGAAAGAAUUUUCAUUCAUUUCGGUUUAACUAUCCCUUUAGGACAAAAUUUGAAUGUUGGCUUGACAAAGCCUUAGUUGAAAGUUGUGGGGGAAAGUUUUAUAAGUCUUAUGGUCAGAUAAAUAGACAGAUAUAUUUGAAAAGUAUUCAGUAAAUUCCUCUUCCUGUCAUUCCAAAUCAGAUUCCUAUUCAACUUUUUGGAUAAUUCAAUUAAAAUUCACAUUCACUGCCUAAAAGACAGCAAAUUCUUCAGGUCUGAAUUUUUUCCCAACCCUGACUGAGAACUGCUCGCUGGAAAAAUAAGUUAGCAGAGGUUUUAGCAUUUAUUAAAGAUGUUAAGCGUAGGCUACAUUCAUUGUAAUGCACAGUGCAGAGCAAAUUAGAUCAGAUUAAAAAAGCCAUUUACCUCUGGAGAUCAGAAAGACGGUGAAUGUUAGCAUU